AAACUCCAGAAAAUCAGAAAGUAUCACUAGGCUCAACUGUAACAUUCCGUUGUCGAGCUGACGUAAGCGAUUCUUCUUCGAAAAGAACAAGGGAGGAUAUCAGUGGCCCAACACUUCGGCAAUUGAUAUUUAAUUCGAACAUCAUUUCCGAUCCAGAUGUGGAAAAUUUCCUGGUACCAGAUGAAAAGCAAAAAAUUACGGACAUGUUAAUUAAUUUGUGCAAAACAUUUGAUGUGAUUAUAUCGACAGGCGGAACGGGCUUUUCACCACGAGAUGUUACUCCUGAAGCAACACAAAAUAUUAUCGAAAAACGAUGUGGGGGAUUGGAAACAGCACUUCAUAUGCAUUCAUUGCAAGCUACACCACUUGCUGCAUUAUCACGGCUAUGUGCAGGUAUCCGUGGUUCUACGCUAAUUGUUAAUCUACCCGGAAGUCCGAACGCUGUUAGGGAAUGCUUUGAAGUGUUAGAGAAGAUACUACCUCAUGCGGUAGAGAUUCUACAUACUGAAGAUGUACGCGACAUAACAAGUCAUCAUCAUUUGAUAACCACUGAAAAUCUAGAACUUUGA